CAUCUUCACAGAAAAAACUCCACUUGUUUCUCUGCAAAUCCGCCAUUUUCUCUCUUCUUUCUCUCUCUAAACACAACGACAACAACCAAAAAAGAGAGAGAGAGAAAACGUUUCGAAAGCCUCCACACACAAUCCAUACACUUCUUUCCUCUCUCUAAAACUCUCUCACUCUCUCUCUCUCCACGAUGGACGCUCCCUCAGAAGAUCUCUCCGAUUCCACUCACCCGCAAAAUGACGAUGUUCGGGUCUACUUCGUUCCCUACAGGUGGUGGAAGGAGGCCCAGGAUUCAAAUUUGGCCGAUGGCAACGCGAAGAGAGGGGUUUUAUACUCUGCCACGUCGGGUUCAUCGUAUGUUGGUCCCAUGAAGAUCAUAAACAACAUAUUUAACUCAGAUCUUGUGUUUAAUCUUAGGAGAGAAGAGGAUUCAGGGCACAGUAAUGAGAAUGGGGAAGUGGGGGUGUCAGGGAGGGACUAUGCAUUGGUUCCUGGAGAUUUGUGGUUGCAGGCCCUCAAAUGGCAUACUGAUUCUAGGGUUGCAACAAAGGAUGGUAGGACCUUUUCAGUUAUGGAGGAUGACAUGGCAGAUGUUUAUCCUUUACUACUCCGGCUCUCUAUUUUGAGAGAGACAAACUCACUGGGAGUAAAAAUAACCAAAAAGGACAAUGCAGUGGAGUUCUUCAGAAGAGCCUGCAAAAUUUUCAGUGUUGAGUCUGAGUUGUUACACAUUUGGGACUUUUCUGGGCAGACGACCUUGUUUUUCAUAAAUGACAAAAAUAAGUUACCAAAAGAUUGUCAACGGCAGUCAGAUCAGGAGAUUCUCCUGGAGUUGCAAGUUUAUGGGUUAUCAGAUUCCUUGAGGUGCAGAGAAGGGAAGAAAGAUGAGAUGGCAGCACAGCACUCUAAUUUGGCCGGUUCCUCUUGUGGUGCUUCACUUAUGAUGAAUGGUAGCCUUGCCUGUAUGAACUCUAAUUCUGUUCACACCAAUUCUCCAGUCUUUUAUGGAAGCUCUGGUGAAGCUGGUUCUUUGGGCUUGACGGGAUUGCAGAAUCUUGGAAAUACUUGCUUCAUGAACAGUUCCCUCCAGUGCUUAGCACACACACCAAAGCUUGUUGACUAUUUUCUUGGAGAUUAUAGUAGAGAAAUAAAUCAUGAAAAUGCAUUGGGAAUGGAUUGUCUGCAUUUUUUUGUGCAGUCAAUUAUUCAGUAUUUACUUCUUGGCCAGGGUGAGAUUGCCUUAGCUUUUGGAGAUUUAAUAAGGAAGUUAUGGGCUCCUGGAGCAACUCCAGUGGCACCAAGAAUGUUUAAGUCAAAGCUUGCUCGUUUCGCCCCCCAAUUUAGUGGAUUUAAUCAGCAUGAUUCCCAAGAGCUCCUUGCUUUUCUAUUGGAUGGGCUACAUGAAGAUCUCAAUCGUGUAAAAUGCAAGCCCUAUAUUGAAGCUAAGGAUGGAGAGGGUCGGCCAGAUGAAGAAGUGGCUGAUGAGUAUUGGAGGAAUCAUUUGGCUCGCAAUGACUCUAUCAUUGUUGAUGUGUCUCAGGGACAGUAUAGGUCAACGCUAGUGUGUCCUGUUUGCAAAAAGGUCUCCAUUACGUUUGAUCCAUUCAUGUAUCUGUCUCUACCUCUACCUUCAACAACAAUGAGGACAAUGACUUUGACAGUUGUGAGUGCUGAUGGAAUUACUCAGCCAUCCCCAUGCACCAUUACUGUGCCCAAGAAUGGAAAGUGCGAGGAUCUUAUUCAAGCUUUAAGCAGCUCAUGUUAUUUAAAGGAUGAUGAGACACUAUUAGUAGCUGAGAUAUAUAACAACCGGAUUAUACGUUAUCUGGAGGAUCCGACUGAUUCAUUAUCUUUGAUUAGAGAUGGUGAUCGACUGGUUGCUUAUCGUUUGCCAAAGGUUACUAAUGAAGACCGUUUAGUUGUAUUCAUGCACCAACGGAUUGAUGAGCAGUACAUCCAUGGAAAGCUGAGUUCUAGUUGGAAGGCAUUUGGGAUUCCUCUUGUGGCAAGGAUUUGUAAUUCUGUUAAUGGAUCUGAUGUCUAUAACCUGUAUCUGAAAUUGAUUAAUCCAUUCCAAAUAAGGAGUGAAGGUGUCAGCAACAAUUCUGAUAGCAGUGAAAAAACUGUGAUUGAAGAAGUUAAGGAGCUGAAAGAUGCCAUAAGUCCUGUUUUGAGUGCAGGUGCAAAUGGCAUCAAUGAGACAUGGGUUGACCCAGACUCUGAUGCUGAAUUACAGUUCUACUUAACAGAUGAUAAAGGCGCAACUAGGGCCUCCAAGCUAGUAAUGGAUGAGCCAGUGACAAGGUUGCCCAGGCGGUUAAAUCUACUUGUGUUUUGGCCAGAGAAAAAAAUAGAACAGUAUGAUACCCGCCUUAUUAGCUCAUUACCUGAAAUUUUCAAGUCUGGUUUUAUUGCAAGAAGACCUCAAGAGUCAGUCUCUCUAUAUAGAUGCCUUGAAGCUUUCUUGAAGGAGGAGCCUCUUGGACCAGAUGAUAUGUGGUACUGUCCUGGAUGCAAGACUCACCGCCAAGCCAGUAAAAAAUUAGAUCUUUGGAGACUGCCAGAGAUCCUGGUUAUUCAUUUGAAGAGGUUCUCUUACAGCCGGUUUAUGAAGAACAAGCUGGAGACAUAUGUUGACUUUCCUGUUGAUAAUCUUGAUUUGUCAACAUAUAUAACCCACAAAAAUGGCAUGGUAUCUAAUCGUUACAUGCUUUAUGCAGUUAGUAAUCACUAUGGAAGCAUGGGGGGUGGUCAUUAUACUGCAUUUGUCCAUCAUGGGGGUGAUCAGUGGUAUGAUUUUGAUGAUAGCCAUGUUUCUCCCAUCCCUGAGGACAAGAUAAAGACUUCAGCUGCUUAUGUUCUUUUCUACCGGAGAGUUGUAGAUGUAUGAGGGUGGAGGUAUCAAAUUAUUGAAGCCAUAUUCAAGGUAGAUUAAGUUGGUUCACAGAUUUCAUUUUAAUCUUCUGUCUUACAAAAUAGCAUUCUUUGGUCUGGCGUUAUUUAGUUUGGAUUGAUCGAGUUUCCUGCAUGGACGAAAUUGAGAGAGUAUUAGCCUUCAGAUGAUGGCGAAGAUAACUGUAACAUAGAAACAAUCGAAGAGGUGAGAUUUAUACCCCAGAGAACACCUUUUACAUCUGUAAAAGAGAGAGAAAGCCCUAACCCUUUUUGUCAGUUACAGAUUUAGGAAGUUUUGAGUUGGAGGGUUUGCUUUCCCAUCCCUAUGAAAGUGUAUUCCUUGAUUACUUCUUUGUAACCGGGACUGGUGGAUGAUAUUAAUGUUCCUUGAUACGCAAUUGAAUGAAUCAUAUUCCGCAACUUUUGGUGUUCA